AGUAACACUCACACGCCCUCAGCUUACAUUUGUUAAACUCUAAUCAUUAACUCUGGAGCUUUCAAACACAACUGGAAUUCUACUGAAGCAGGACGAUCGGAUGUGUGCGGUUCACUAAGCCAUCAUACGAACGGAUCAACAAUGUGUUGGAGUACAGCGGGACGGUUUUAGUGAGGUGAGAGCGUGUCAUCUUACAACCUUUCAUUUCAAACUCAACAUUCAAAAGUGGUUUCUCAGUUUGACAGUUAAUCGCACUGAUAACGGUGCUUCAGUGGUCAGAUACACAAGACUAAAGUCAAUUAGUCAAAGACAGAGGGUGAAAGGUCAAAAAGACUGAUAUCAUGGAGAAGAAUGAGGAAGUGGACAGAGAUUGGAAAAAACUGGAGCCAAAUGACAAUGUGAAGAUCUUCCUCACAGUGCUGUACAGUCUCAUCCUCAUCCUCGGCAUUGUGGGAAACAGUGUCACCAUUCAUGUGGCACAGGUGCUUCAGCGAAAUGGAUACCUGCAGAAAAAUGUGACUGAUCACAUGGUCAGUUUGGCCUGCUCUGAUUUGCUGGUGCUGUUGAUCGGGAUGCCCGUGGAACUCUACAGUGCGAUUUGGUUCCCGUUUUCAUCCUCGUCCGGUAAUGCUUCAUGCAAGAUCUACAACUUCCUGUUUGAGGCGUGCAGCUAUGCCACGAUCCUGAACGUUGCCACUUUGAGUUUUGAGCGUUACCUCGCCAUCUGCCACCCGUUUCGCUACAAAGCCUUCAGCGGCAGUCAUACGAUGAAGCUCCUGCUCUCCGUGUGGCUCUGCUCAGCGCUUGUCGCUUUACCGCUGCUGAUCACAACAGGAAUGGAAGGACACUUACCUGAGGGCCGCAGCGCACCGGUUCAAAAUCUGACAUUCUGCACAAACCUGAGCAGACAUUGGGUGAUGUACCGCACCAGCAUCUUCACAGCUUUCAUUCUGUAUCUUCUGGUGUUGUGCGGCGUGGCCUUCAUGUGCAGAGGGAUGAUUGUUGUUCUGCGGGCGCCGAUGGGCCCCAAUGAAAGCAGCGCAAACAGAGCAGGACACAGCGUACCCAAGCAUGAGAGCACCCGACUGAAAGCGUCCCGUAAACAGACCAUCCUCUUCUUGGUGUUGAUCGUGUGCGCUCUGUUCGUGUGCUGGAUGCCCAACCAGAUCCGUCGAUUGAUGACGGCGUCGGUGCCCAAGUCUGCAUGGACGGUGAGUUACCUGAGCAGCUAUGUGAAGCUCCACCCGGUGUCUGACACGUUCUUCUACCUGAGUUCGGUGUUAAACCCGCUGCUGUAUAAUCUCUCAUCGAGACAGUUCCGGUCGGUGUUCUGGCAGAUGCUCACAUGUCGUCUGUCGCUCGAGCACGUCAACAGAAGAACGCUUGAAAACAGUCUCGCCUCAAAGAGCUCCAGUCACAAAUUACGGCCGCUGCUGUGCAGUUCAAUGAACCGCAUGCGAGCAAAAAACAGCGAGAAAUCAAACCAUCCAUCAUCAGAGAGACAAACCGCUGUUCCCCUCACAGAGAGACCGCUGACAACACAGACACCCAUCGCUCCAACACAGGAGGAAUCAUCAUCAACAACAACAACAACAACAACACAAACACAGUGUGAAUAAAAUCAUAUUGAAUUACAGCAGGAAACAUGUUUCUAAGAACAGUCGAUAUCACUGACGGGUUUCUAACAGCUUCCAGCAUCUGAACCUUCUGUGACAUCAAGUGCAACCGGGACUGUAAAUUGAAGAGUUUCAGGAAGCAUAUGAGAACUUUGUUGCUAAACUCACUUCCCUUGUGUGCUGUGUUUGAUUUUCUGUAUAUCAUUCUAAAGUCAGAAGGAAUUAUUGACAAGCUGCCAGUUGCAGAACUGAAGCAGAUUAAUAAAUAGACACAUUUAUGAAUAUAAUUUGCAUUAGCAGCCUUUAUUUUUGUCACACAUUUUAAACAUAUACAGUGAAAUUCUUUUUUUUUUUUUUUUGCACAUCCCAGCUAAGCUGGGGUCAGAGUGCAGGGUCAGCAAUGGGCUAUUAGCUGGGAGCAGAUAGGGUCAAGGGCCUUGCUCAAGGGCCCAACAGUGGCAUCUUAGCAGUGUUGGGGCUUGAACCCCCGACAUUCUGGUCAGUAACCCAGAGCCUUAACUGCUGAGCCAUGGGAUGAUCAUGCUAUACUGUACUACAGUCAGUAACCCCCAAAACAAGCCCAGCACACCUUAAUCUUUUCUCACAGAGCAGUUUCGAGGUCAAUAUCAAGGACAUAUCAAAUAUUGUGUUCUAUCCAUUUAAAUUUGGAAAAUGGAAGUUUACUCAAUCCAUUUGAGUUGGGACUACAUGAAUACUUUUUUGUGGUGUUAAUGUGGCAUUGAUGAAAUGCUUCUCAUGUGACUCGAUAGGAAGAGUAAAUAUUAAAAUUAAAUGUUAUUUCAUGUGUUUUUGUGGGGAUACAUGUUAGUGUUUAAUGUUUUGUUAUGUUGGAGUUGGCGGUUAACAUUAUGAUGAAGAGUGGAGUUUGAGCUAACGAUGAGGACAGGGAGAUAUCCCACAUGAAAUUAAUUGAUCAAACACAGUGCUUAGUAACGAUAUCAGCCAAGUUUACAUUGAUGACAAAGUUUUAUAUAUUUCUUUAUAAUCUAUAAACUAUAAAAACUAACCCAUAAAACAGUAACAUAAUAAAACAAUAAACAAGAGUAAAUGAAUACAGCCUGAAACACAGAUUGAAACAUAUUAAAAUAGCAGUAAGACAAAUAAACUAUUUGUACUCUCCAAUGUUUUACAGGAAAACAUAAAAUAUAUUUUUUUUCUCAAGAAAUAUGAAGUAAACAUAGAAGAAUCCAUCAAUAUUUCUGUAAAUGUGUAAACUUUAGACUAUUAGAUAUUGUUUAUUGAAGUAUUCAGCACAUCUGUCAUGACUGAUUGAACAGAUUCUUUAUUACAUUAUAACACAAAUAUAUCACAGUUUGAUUCUGUAUGAUUAAUGUGGCAUUGUAAUAUCAAUACACUUCAUUAUGAUGAUGAAUAGUGCAGAAGUGUGCAGUUUGGGACACCUGUUGACACCUGGAGCAUGAGCUUUGCAUUUCCAUUUAUUCAUUUGGUAGACACUUUUAUCCAAAGCGACUUACAAAAGCGGAAAACAUCAGAAGAGAUUCAUCUUCAGGAGACAGUGAUACGAAAAGUGCUGCAUUACAAAGUUUCAAAUGAAUCAGCUUUGCAAUGAUAAUGAAAAGAUUAGAUAAGAAUGUGACAUAUGAUUAAUUCUAGUCAAGUCAUUUUUAUUUGUAAAGCAUUAUUAUUUUCAGUAAAGCUGCUUUGAAAUGAUGUUUUGUGAAAAGCGCUAUACAAAAUGACUUCUCCAGCUGAUUCUAUAUGAAUUCAAAGCAAUACUUUUUCUUCCUAAGAUUUUUUGACGCUGAAGGUGAAAAAUAAAGACAGGAAUAAAGAAUCACUGAAGAUUCACCAGUAAACUACAGACAUGUCCAUUCAAGACAUGUAUUCAUACAUCAUGUUCAUGUUUGUUUCUGUCUUGAAUAGAAUCGUAAAGUGAAUAUGAUGGACGACAUUCUGAACUCAAAAGCUUUGGUGGCAUUAUAAAGUGGACUUUACAAAGACAAAACACACACACACGCACACACCACACACACUACACACACACACACACUACUCACACACACUACACACACACACUACACACACACACACACACUACACACACACACUACACACACUACUCACA